UAAUACAGGUGGAAGAGUUCAUUUGUGUGUGGGGGGAGGGUUUGUGUGCUUUGGUAUGUAUGAGUGUGUGAGCGCAUGAUUCUUCAUGUUGUGAUGGUAAUCUGAGGCUGAUGAUGUGCAGGUAUCUCCACGUGUGCACUGGAGCAGGAGAGAAGACUGUAUGGAGUUCCACACUUCAGAUACUGACUUCUCCACACAUGGAUCCGUUGGUCAUCAUCUCCACUAAGACAAAGACAGGAUUCAUGCUGAAGAUAUAAUCUGCUGCCAUUAUGAAUCACUCCAUGACAGUACAUGACAGGCACAACUACCCACCAAGUUGCAUUCCUGCCAUGCUCAGGGAAUCAUAUGGAACAGUGCCUGAGGGGGAGCAAAUGAGAGAUUGAGUUUCAGCCUGAUGAUGCCACUUAGCCAUUAACUAUCUCCAGCAAAACUCCACCAACCCCCCCUUUACCGCCCUCCCUGUAUCUACCAUUCAUAUCCGACAACCCCUCCCCGUUCCUCCCUCUGUUUUCCCACCCUCUAUCUCUCUCUCCCUCCACCUCCCUCUCUCUCCCUCUGCCUCUCUCCCUCUCUCUCUCUCUCUCUUUCACUGUCUGUGACAUCCUCGCUCGCUCACUCAUGCACAGACACGGCCCUCUGAGAGAGAAUGGAUGAGUGAGUGCAAGGGCAGGAAGCAAAGCACUGACCAGUGAGUGAGUGAGAGAGAGAGAGAGAGAGAGGGGGGGGGGGAGAGAAAGAGAGAGAGAGAGAGAGAGACGGGCGUGCAAGUGAGACUAUCCAGUGCUCACACUUCCAGCUCAUACUAAGACUAGACAAACCACAGAUCAGAUGCUCUCCAGCUCUCUAUGUGGAAGUGCUCCUGAGCCUUGCUCUACUUUCCACUCACUCUCUUCACUCUGGGACCUUUUCUUUUGCUUUGGGAUAUUUUGCAUGACACGCUGCCCUCUUCUCUGAGAGAUUCCUCACUGGAGUGCUUCUUGUGUCUCUUCUUCUCUGGCUCUCGCUCGCGCUCCUUGGGGAAUGAAUGAUUGAGCUCUGAGAAAGGAGGAUAGAGCCAGCACGCGUGGGACUCUGCGAAACAACAGAGAAACCAAGCGACUGAAGGGACAAAGCUGACCAAAGUGGCACAAGUGAGGCAAAAGACUUAAAACUUCAACAAACUACUUUUUCUAAGUGUCGCAAUGGAUCUCCCUCCAUUCCGAGGUUUAUCUGAUGUACCCUGAUAGGUGCGAGCCUUGUAUGCAAGUCUUUCCCUUGGUGGCCCGAGUGACGUUAUGGAUCCGACACCUCCUCCUCUCAGGAUGGACCGUGAUGGCUUGGACCUCCAGCAGGUCUCUGUGCUGUCCAUAGACCAGAUCCGCUCUAUACGGGCCAGCAAUGACUAUGUAGAUCGCCCGGUGGCACUAGAGCCUGCCACUCAGGUGGGUGUCUUCUAUACACAUGAUGAGCGACAUCCUCAAAUCCCCCGCAGUCAAAGUCAGCACCAACACGCCCACCUGGCACACUUGAGCCGCUCUAGUACCAUUAGCUCUAUGUCCCGUGGCAGUGCUUCAUCGGACCAGAGACUUCUUUCAGGAUUAACGCCUUCCCAUUCUGGCCUGGCCACAGUCGUGCGGUCGCAGCCCAAGGGCGACUUGAAACCGGACUCAUUAGGUAAAAGCCUGGCCAACGGAGAGGAUUUAGGCUUGCAUCUGUUCAUCUGCGAACGAUGUAGCCGCUGCAAGUGCCAGGAGUGCUGCGCCCCUCGAAGCCUGCCCUCCUGUUGGGCCUGUGGCCAGCGAUGCCUGUGCUCGGCAGAGAAUGCUGUGGAGUAUGGUACCUGCCUGUGCUGUGUCAAAGGGCUGUUCUACCACUGCUCGGCAGAUGAUGAGGACAAUUGUGCUGAUCGGCCCUGCUCCUGUGCUCCGGCUCACGCCUGCGCCCGCUGGGGCACCAUGGCCCUCCUGGCUCUUUGCCUGCCCUGCCUGUGCUGCUAUCCUCCCGCCAAGCUGUGCCUCACCCUGUGCCAGCGAGGCUACGACCGCACAAAGCGGCCCGGCUGCCGCUGCAGCAACACCAACACCGUGUGCCGCAAAAUCUCUGCCACAAAUCCCACGCCUUUCCGCAAGACCCUGGAGAAGCCUGUAUGACAUCGAGAAGCCUGAUACCUAACAACCUCUGCAUUACCCCCAUCUUUGCAUCCCCAGAGGAGACCAUUCUGGAGAGAAUUCUGCUGAACUUGCCCACCUCCGCCCAACCAAUCAGGCCUGCAUUGAGUCUAACAAAGAAAACUUUUUGGAUUUUUUUUUAUGCAAAACCUUGUUUAUUUAUUUAUUUAUUUGACUUUCCUGGUUAAGAGAGUCGGUCCAUAGUAAUCCAUAUUACACAUAUAGCCACUUUUACAGGGAGUUAGCCAUCAGAACAAAAUCAGAGCAGUGCUGUGUCUGAAUACAGACAGACGUUCUGGUGGUCUAUGGGUAGUCCAAUAAGAGAACUCAGAAUGCCAGAACAUCCAUGGCCAUACUAAACGGACAAACCGGUGGAUGAUGUUUUAUCUCAUGUGAAACCAGGGGGACUCUAUCAGGAAAAGGGGGCUGACCAAAAAAGCCUACCAUGUGUCUACCAUGAGUCAAGCUAUUUUGGACACCAAACAGGGACCAUUAACGGCAGAUGAAGCUGUUGCGUGAGAGGAGAUGAACAAAAAGACAGAAAGGCGAUGUGUGGAUAUGAAUGGUGAAGAAACUGAAACAUGUUUGCUUGCGUGUAUGAGAGAUAUGUAAGGUGUAUGUGCAUGUAUGUGCAGUCUCAGGCUUGUGUCUGCUGUCAGCGGAAGCCUUCUUUUUAUUUUUAGAGAAGCUGCUUUGAAAGACAAAGUGUCUGGUCAGGUUUCCAGUCCAGGGCAGCCUGACGCCAGCCUCUCCCAAGCACUCUCGCGUCCUCACCAUUCCGCCUCCCCCUCCUGCUGCUCUUUCUUUCCGAUUUCCAGUAGUGGGAUUCUUGCCCUGUGCUGUAUCUAAAUGUGCUAUGGGACCAAAUGCAAAUCAGUCAUCGUACAUUCCCAGAACCAACCCUCAGUCACGGUUAGUCCUCACCAAAGACCAUAAGAUUCCUCUUACGUUUCCCCCUCCCUCCCGCUGCUUUCAGAGUGAAGUGUUUCACAAGGCCUUACUUGGAGAACUCUCAAAAAAAAUGGCCAGAAAAUGUGCAGGACCACAUACGGUCAGAGUAAAGAGAAGCUUCAUAACAUAGUUUAACCUCAGUGCGGCAUCAAAGCAAGAGCAACCGGGAAUAUCCUCCACACGGCCAUAUAUUUCUAAGCACAGACAUAACGGAUUGGCUCCUGAGCCUCCUCAGUGUCUCUGACAGGCUCUAGGCACAUUGCAGGACGUGAGGAUAUAAAAGACGUACGCUUACCUUGGUGUCAUCACAGGAUGAAGGAACUGACUGCAUUGAGACAGGGGCUGAUCAGAACGGAACCAUACGAGCACCAUACAUAGGAACAAGGUGAAACAGAUGCACUGAUAAUCCAAAACUGGGAUGAGAAAUGCAAUCAAAUCUGUUUCAAUCAUGUGUGUUCUCCCCCAUUAUAUGCACACUGACCCUUGUUGUUAGAGUUCCUUUGCUAUAUUUUUGUAUGUACGUAGGAUUGUUACUGUACUUUGUAUUUUUUUUCUAUUCGUUUUAAUCUGGUUAUUAAUAUUACCAUUAUUUUCUAUUACUAUUGGACAUUAACUUUGAAUCAAGAGGCCUGGCUAACAUUUAAAACUAACCUAAGCUGGCUUUGUAUUGUGGGGGAGAGGUCCUUUGCGGUUAACACUCGUUUUACAUUGCAGUGCUGUGAUCUCCCUAUAAUGAGAUUAAUAAUUACUGUGUAAUUGGCUCGUAUUUUUUUCACCGUUACAAAAAAAAAAAUACUUUUAGCACUUUUGCCCCCUUUGUGACCUUAACCACAAUCCUCCAAGGCAAGUGAGGGUGGAGCUACCAUUUAGGUAAAGUGCAACUGUGAUUAAAUUCAGCACUCAUUACACUGUAUUUAUACAAGAAGUACGUGAUAGCAGAGUGAUGUCAGAUCCCCUUGUGGGAUUUGACAUUGACUGGUCAUUUUAUUAAGGUGCCGAGUCUCGGCUAUCGUGAGAACGUCAUCGAUGUAAGUCGAUCGAAGCCAUUCAGAAAACCUUCUCAUGUUAGACUGUAUUUAACUAUUGGCUUUAAUUUUGUUUCAGCGUUUUCAGAGUACUGCUGUAAUAGUGACUGGUUUAGAGCCAUCUAUGCACAUGUACUCGAAUAUUACGAUCAGCUUUAAGUAAAGAGCAAGAGAAUAUUUCCCAAAAAGCUAAAUUACUGGCGACAUCAUCGCAGUGUGAUGGUGACAUAAACCAACCUUGUUGAGGUACCUCUUCUCCACGGUUAAAAAAACAAACAAUAUAUAUAUCCCCAAAGACAGUCUCUCCAGGGAGUCUCUGCUAUUGUAGGGAUGGGUGCAGUGCAUAGGUACAAGCAUUUUACAGGAAUGCCUAACUGGUGCUGACCGCAGCCUCGAAAUUAACCAUUAAAGGUUUCCCCAGUAUUGUAUUCAGUAUUGCUUUGGUACAUUUGGCAUCUUGUAAGUUGUGAAAGAAUUAAAGAGGAAUAUAUGGACAUUUAUAUAUAUAUAGAAAUCUAUACAAAUGAAUAUAUUAUAUAUAAAUAUAUAUAAAAAAUAUAUAUAAACACAUUUUACACAUUUUCUUCUGUUGCCGACAAGUUAUUGACAAGUCACAAAUAUUUAUUUAAAUGGUUGCGAGGAAAAAGAUAAGUAUUUAUUUAUGGUGAAUGAUGCAAUGAAAUGACCCUUGUAAUGAUUUCAACUUUUUUGUUGGAGUGGUGUGGUGGGUGUGGCCUUACGGCUGAGGAAAACUAAUAAAAGAGAGUUUUCAAAGAA